AUGGAUCUCACCACAACUACUCUCCUGCCCCGAAGCAAUAGUCUUCGUCAGGUUUCUCGUUUUGUAUCAUCAUCAUCGUCCUCUCUAACCGAUCAAUCACACGAACCACGACAUACUCAACAACCAUCUCCUCCUGAAAGUACUUUAGGUAUCUUAACCGAUCCGAUCACAUCCAAAGGUGAGCUUUUGCAACAUCAACAUUCACCACCAUCACUCCGUCAUGGUUCCUCAUCAUUGAAUAGUCACUCUUCAUCGUCUUGUUAUUAUUACGGUGGAAGUGGUGAUGGUAUGAGUGAAUAUUUGUCUUUAUCUUCUUCAUCGUGUUCAUCAUCAUCAUCGUCCUUCUCUUCGGAUUGGUUGUGGAGAUCGUCAUUUCCGUUAUCUCAGGCCUUCGGACCAACAUCAUCAUCAUCAUCAAUCCAUCACCAAUUAUUUCCAUCAUCCUAUCAACAACAAUAUGUACUUCCAACCACAAGUAUUCAUCUUAAUCCAUCCUUGACGAAUUGUAAUUCUAUCAUUUCAAAUAUUGUAGAAUCAUUUCAUUAUUGUAUUAUUAUCGAAUUUGAAUUUUCACACAAAGAGGAUUCCAUGAUCAUGCCAUCAUCCUACUUGGGUGUGGCACCAUCAUUUCCGAGUGGUGUCAAAUCGGUGUGCUUUCAUAUUGUCAAGUGUGACGCCACCACGACAACAAAUAAUAGUGCUCUUCGGAAAGCCACUUCGGAACAACAUGGUGACACGACUAAUGAGCACGGAAAAUCGCUCAAUCAUCACGAUGGAAAAUCGAUCAAAAAUCACCACAUGAGCAGCACUUCCACCGCUGCCACAAAUUCCAAUGAUCACAUGAAUGGUAUCUCACCUCACACUCGCACCAGUCAAAAGGGAUUGAUCAUUAAUUUGGAGGAAUAUGAUCCGUCGAGUACAGAAAUUUUACAAUGUGAACACUAUACGCCCUAUCCUGUACAUUUUGUUUCUAAUUUUUGUGAAUUACUCCAAUUGCUUGACGAGAGUAUUGAACGAGAAUCACUCACUCUGUUGCAACAACAACCGAUCCAAUCCGAACAAUUAUCAUCAUCCUCUUCGGCAGACCACAUUCUUACACCAAGCAAAUUACAUUCUUGUUUCCUCUCUCCUGUCCAUCAUUGUUGCUUUUCAACGUCGACGGAACAACAACAACAGAACACCAACAAUAUCAACAACCAGCACUAUCAAUCAACACUUUCCUAUUGCUCCAGUGUCGUCAAUAUUCCUCAACUCAUUCAGGAACUUGCACAACGACAUUGCAUUCAUAUUGACAGUCUCUUUGAACGACCAUUCUUUACAUUAAUUGAGAAUAACCAUUUAUCUUAUCAAACAACAACAUUGUCUACUGCAGCAGUUUCAAAGGAAAACCAUUCAAUCCCCUCCUUCUUUCAAGGCAAUUUCACAAUGAUUAAGAAUUGCGAAAAAAUGGCACAAACCAUCCUCAAGCAAGUACAUCAAAGUGAAGUGGACUCCUCUUCUUGUUCAUCUCACUCGACUACUACUCCUACCACCUCUACUUUAGAAUACCCACAACAAGAAGCCAUGUUUGUUUCAUCGGGGGCAGCAUCCUCUCUAUCAUCCUCAUCAUUGGAAAACCAAACUAGUACUAGUCAUGAACACGACAAGUCGUCGGACAUGAAUGGUAGGGUUAUUGCGCUCAAUCAUAAUGGCGUUGUUGAUGCUUCAAGUGCUCUUACAAGUACUACCAACAGCAGCACCAGCUCCAACAGCAAUAACAACAGCAGCAAUGAACAACAACAACGACCAACGACUAGCUUUAUAUCCAAGCCUCUCUCCAUUCAUUCACCUUCAUUUGAGCCUCCUCCUCAUGUCUUGCAACAAACUAUUCGGCAAGAAAGAGCCCUAUUACAACAAGUCGACUCUCCCCUUACGGACGAAUUUAAGACAAGUGUUGCAAGGCUUAGAGGAUUACCAUGGACUAGUACCAUUCGUGAUAUUGCUGAAUUCUUCUCAGAAUUUAAGCUUGCCAAGAGAGAUCCUUCCCUCAGCAAUUUGGAAGAACAGAUACAAGCAGCGACCGCAGAGUACUCUACAAUGACCUACUAUCCGUCCCAUAUUGAGAGUAGUAUGCAACCACUUGAGCAUUCUGAGAAUAGCCCUAAUAGUUCCACCUCCAUCACAAUGAAACGCCCUAAUAGAUCACAGAAAAGUAAUGCUCAUGCUGGCAACAAUAAUGGUUCAACUCAUUCUAGAGGAGGCAAUGCUUCAGCAGUAUCGAACACUCCUAGUCAAACUUCUCCCACCACCACAAACACUUCUGCUACUCUUCCCUCACCACCAACCUAUGCUGAUGUUUUGAAGGGAAUUUCAGUACCAUCAUCAAGUGCAACCUUCUCCUCUAAUGCUACCUCCUCAUCUGCCACACAUCACUCUUCUUCAUCGCCAUCAACAUUCUCGCAUUCACCAACCACCUCUACUACUCCUCAACAACAAGACUCCUCACCAACCAGUCAUUCACAACAACAACCAUCAAUCCUCACGAUUCGUAACAAUGAAUGGACCUCAAUGGAUUCAUCUUCAACAGCAGCAGUAUUCGACUCGUCAACCACAGGUCAAUCCACACAAGUAGCAGUAAGACAAUACACAUUACCAAUUGAACUUGUUAAGGAAUUGGACAUUCUUCUCAUGCUUAAUUAUUAUGGAAAAUCAACAGGUGAAGCCUAUGUUCGUUUUGAGUCUGAUGAAGAACUUGAGAGAGCAAGAAAGACCAUGGACAAGAAGAAUCUUGGCAAUCGAUACAUUGAGAUUUUCAAGAGCACAGUGGAUGAGAUGGAACAUUCAAGAAAAGUUCUCGAACGUAAUUUGAAGAAUUUGAACAACUCAAAAAUCCUCAAGAUGCGCAAUGUUCCCUUCUCUGCAACCGAGGAAGAAAUUGAAACAUUCUUUUCUGGACUUACCAUUGCAACAGCUCCCCUCUAUAGACAGAGUCAUCAUUCUCAUGCAGGAGUUCCAAGUGGUAAUCAUCAUCAUGGCAAAGGAACCACCUCCUCACUUCUCAUGAAUGGUGGCGAGGAGCCAAGCACAACAACUACCAAUCUCAACUCUGCUACAGAUGAAAGCAGUAGUAGCAGCAGAAGCAGUCAGAGUGGUAUUGGUGCUGAUGAAAGUAAGAGCGAGUCACCACAAGAACAUCGUGACCACGAUGAACACACUCAAGAAGCAGCACGAUCUCUUUCACAACAAUCUUCCAUGCCAACUCGUAGAAAAAUCUUUUUCGUCAUUAAUCCAAUAACAGGAAAGAGAACUGGUGAGGUAUUUGUUGAAUUUAUUUCUCAUGAACAAAUGGUUCAAGCUGCCAAGAGAAAUAAGGAAAAAAUUAGAAAUCGCUACAUUGAAUUAUUCCAUAGUAGUAUUUCAGAGUUACGAGCUUCCCAAUACUAUAUUCAACAACAUCAACAGUAUUACCAAACAAGACCACAACAACAUCCAUAUCUGACCUCUACUAAUUACUAUCCGAGAAGUUCGACUAUGAGAAAUCAUUAUUAUCCAAGUCAUAAUUACUAUCAAAACAGAAAUAGUACUAAUAAUGGUACCAUGAUGAUGAAUGGAGGCCAGAACAUUGUCUCUCCAUCCGAAUUGAAACCAACACAUUCAACAAGUUCAACAGAGGCAUCAUUUAUUGUCAAGAUUGAAGGCCUUCCUACUGACUUUGAGGAGGAUCAAAUAGCUGACUGGUUGAAUGGUCUUAACAUUGCUGAUGCUGGAAUUCAUCUCAUAUUUGGUGAGGAUGAACACUCGACUGGUGAAGCCUUUAUUGAAUUUGUUGAUGAGGAGAGCUUGAUGCGAGCGCUCGAGAGAGAUCAAACCACCAUCACCUCCACUGAGGAGAAUCAUGAGACUGGCGAACAACACAACGAAAUAACCUACACUGUGAGAGUUCUCAAGAGUGACCGAGCUGAAAUGCUUGCCGUUUGUGGAAUUGAGGACGAAACUACAGAAAAUCAAGAAGAACAGCCACAACAAGAGGAAGAAGGAGCCAAUGCUCCCCAAGAGACGACCACUCUCCAUGAUGUCAAUACUCUUGAGACAUCAAAUUCUGGCGAUGCAAGUCAACAAGAAGCUCCACAACACCAACAACCUUCACGUGUAGGUUUGCAAUACAGUACACAUCAACACUCAACCUAUCGCAAGAAUCCAUACUAUCAUCGUAGAGACAACAAUUAUGGCUCUUACAAUCCUGCCUACGCUGGAGGUUAUUAUCAUCCAAUGAUGUUCAUGAUGCAACAAGCCCAAUACUCGUUCAAUAAUCACAAUAAUUAUCAAGUUUAUGGAUUGGAUCAACUCAUGAACACGAACGCAAAUGGUAGCUCCUCCAAUUCAACACAACCAUUCAAAUACAAGCUCUUUGAACACCCAGAGAGAACCCUCAAAAUGAGAGGUCUCCCUUUCACAGCAACUGAAAAAGAAAUUAUGGAGUUUUUCAAUGGUUAUGAUUUUGAGGAGGAUAGUAUCCGCUUCAAGAUGGACUUUAAGAGAAAUCGUCAAACUGGAAUUUGUUACAUUAGAUUCAGAACCAAGAGUGAGGCAGAAAGAGCAGCCAAUGAAAGAAAUAGAUGUAACAUUGGCGAUCGUUAUAUUGAGCUUUUCACCAUUGUUCCAAAGACGUAA